AUGGAUUUGUCCAACAACAUGCUCCAAGGGGAGAUUCCACCUGCUUUCGUUGAACUCAAGAACUUGACUCUCCUCAAUCUCUUCAGAAACAAGCUCCAUGGCGCCAUUCCGGAGUUCAUCGGCGAGAUGCCGCAGCUUGAGGUGUUGCAGCUCUGGGAGAAUAACUUCACCGAAAACAUUCCUCAAGCGUUAUCGGAGCUUACCCAAAGUGUUCAGAAGUUGCUUCUCGACGGGAAUCAAUUCACGGGUUCAAUCCCUUCAUAUAUCGGAAAGCUACAGCAGCUUUCGAAGAUGGAUUUCAGCCACAACAAGUUAUCAGGGCCAAUCACACCUGAGAUCAGUCAAUGCAAGCUGCUGACGUUCGUGGAUCUGAGUCGAAACCAACUCUCCGGUGAAAUUCCGAAUGAGAUUACAGCGAUCAGGAUCUUGAACUAA